AUGUUUGCAUUCAGACCAGCUUAUCGGAUCGCAACACUUCGAGCUGGCAGCUCAUUGGCCAUCAAAUCAUGCAACUUUUCGACAGCAAGGAUUGCAUUGCAAUCUUUGGCUACUACAGCAGGUACAGAGCAAGCCACAUGGCCAUCAGGAUUUAGACUACCAAGACCUAAAACAUGGGAAGAGUCUAAAGAGGGUGCAGUCUCCAAGGCUACAAAAUGGUUUUUGCUUUCAGAGAUGUUCAGAGGUAUGUGGGUUGUACUAGAGAUGUUCUUCAGAGCACCAUACACAAUAUACUAUCCAUUUGAAAAGGGUCCACUUUCACCAAGAUAUAGAGGAGAGCAUGCAUUAAGAAGGUAUCCUACUGGAGAAGAGAGAUGCAUUGCAUGCAAGCUUUGUGAAGCCAUUUGUCCAGCUCAGGCAAUCACAAUUGAAGCUGAGGAAAGGGCGGAUGGUCAAAGAAGAACAUACAAGUAUGAUAUUGAUAUGACAAAAUGUAUAUACUGUGGCUACUGUCAAGAAAGUUGUCCUGUUGAUGCCAUCGUCGAGACACCAAACAUUGAGUUUUCAACUGAGGAUCACGAGGAAUUGCUUUACAACAAGGAAAAAUUACUUGCCAAUGGUGACAAGUGGGAGCAGGAGAUUCAGUACGCUCUGAAUGCAGACGCACGUUACAGAUAA